AUGUCUACCUUUUCUGCUUCUGAUUUCAACUCGAAAAGAUACUCCUCUUCAAGACCUUCCUAUCCUUCCGAUUUCUACAAGAUAAUUGAUGCAUACCAUGAUGGAGAAAGAAAACUACUCGUCGAUGUUGGGUGUGGACCAGGUACUGCCACUUUACAGAUGGCUAAGGAGUUGAAACUAUUUGACCGAAUUAUUGGGAGUGAUCUUUCUGCCACCAUGAUUAAGACUGCGGAAGCUAUAAAGGAAGGAAGUUCUGAUACAUACAAGAACGUUUCAUUUAAAAUUUCCUCCAGUGAUAACUUCGAAUUUCUAGGCGCAGACUUAGUGGAUAAACAGACGGUCGAUAUGAUCACCGCUGUAGAAUGCGCCCAUUGGUUUGAUUUCGAAAGGUUUCAGCAAUCCGUUUAUGCCAAUUUGAGGAAAGACGGCACCAUCGCUAUUUGGGGCUAUGCGGACCCAAUAUUUCCAGACUAUCCUGAAUUUGAUGAUCUAAUGAUUGAAGUUCCAUAUGGGAAGGAAACCCUGGGGCCUUAUUGGGAACAACCGGGCAGAUCUCGCCUUCGCAACAUGCUAAGAGACUCCCACUUGGACCCGGCACGUUUCCAUGAUAUUCAGGUUUCAUAUUUUUGUGCAGAAGAUGUAAGGGAUGAGGUAAAACUCCGCCAGCAUACAGAGAAACCAUUGCUAAUCAGAAAGCAAGUUACUCUAGUCGAGUUUGCAGAAUACGUCAAAACCUGGAGUGCCUACCAUCAGUGGAAGCAGGAUCCAAAGAACAAAGACAAAGAGGACGUGGCAGAUUGGUUUAUUAAAGAGUCCCUGAGACGAAGGCCGGAACUUACCGCCAAUACCAAAAUUGAAGUUGUUUGGAAUACUUUUUACAAGCUUGGUAAAAGGAUCUAA